GUGAGGAGAGGAGAGGAGAGGAGAGGAGGGGAUGGGGGGGGGGAGGAACUCCUCGUUGUUCGUUCGUACUCCUUUGGUGGCUGGUACCUGAGGACGGGAGAGGAGAGAGUAUUUAUCGAUUGCUUUCUGCAACCAAUCUAUACUCACAAACCAGAUCAUUGAUAGGAAUAAUAGAUCUGAUCUUCCUCCUUUUGCUUCCGUUGCUAUAUACCACCACCACCACCUCUUCAAGGAGCUCCAUGGACAGCAUCCUCCUCGACCAGUCUCAGGUGAACCCAAGAAAAGUUUCUCUUGACGUCGCUGCUGAUUCCGGAGGAAGGUUUGUGCCGAGAGCUAUACACGGUUCUCUCGGCUCCUAUUCUUCCUUGACCCAACAUUUACCAGACCAUCAUGCUGCAGUAGGUGGCUUCCGGUCAUGCGUGUCGCAGCCUCUGCAGCCGCCGCAGCGGCCACUGCUUUAUGCUUCUCUUCCCUCUUCGUUUUGCGCUGAUCUAAUGGGAGGAGUGCCUCCUCCUCACCAUCAUCAUCUCCCUCCUCUGCCACACCUUCAACAACCGCCUCUUCUCCCCCUUCCCUUGACCAAAUCAGCAACCCUUCCCCCGUCUCCCAAGGUGACCAGAACGAACACCGGUACGGGGAUGGCUCGGUCGAGAGACCACAGGACGAAGCCGAAGCCUUGGGCGAGUUCAAAGAAGGAAACACAGCCGUCGACCAAGGCCGCUGUUCAACCCCGCGAGCCAAAAGACGAGCCCCAGAAGACGAUGAGAGAGGGGGUGGCCAUCGUGUCCAACAACGGGGAAGGGAAGGAGGAAGAAGAGGAGGAGAUCUAUAUGGAGUCCAUUUACUCGCUCUCUCCGCCUCCGGCCAACCUUCCUCUGCCUAGUUUCCUUCUUACCAGGCACAGGGCCGCCUGUAACACCCAAGUUAUCAUGGAAGGUGGUGCUGGUGGCCGCGGUUGAGUGGACGCCGAAGCCGACGACGUCCUCCACCCCAAGAAAAAAAAACAUUGUCGUGAUAUUUCCUUUCCUUUUAUUUUUUCUUUUUUUUUUCUAAUUCCACGUUUCGGCAGACUUCAAUUGCUGAAUCAUGGGAAUGCAAGUUAUGAAGGGGAAGAAGGGCCAUAGUUUUGUGAUAGCCCUUCUUGUCUAUGGAAGUGUGGAUCAAGGUCAUCGUCCUGUAUGUAUCCUCUUUUUAUUGGGUUAAGAUAGGGUCCGUGUCCAUCGCUGUGUGUUCACUUCUUAUGGCCUUCUUUUAAGUAAGGCUUGGAAAACCUGGGAGCCCCUCCCUCGAUUUGCUUUGUUCACUCUUUAGCUUUAAUCGCUGUACCCACUGUGGCUUUGUAGUAUAAAUAAACAGACUAUGUUUCUUUCUUUACCCUA